AGAUUAUUUGGAUGGAACGCAUCCAACGUUGUUUGCUCAGCUCGCGUGUUUGUUACGCAUGACGGUUUACUACUUGUUCCGCCAUCCUGAUUUUAUACCGUUGGUCAAUAAUUUUACUGAACCGGAUGUACCACAGCAUCGACCGUCGAAAACAAGCAAAGGCAACGUGUUUAACCAAGUGAUUGUCAAGGCGUGGGUGUGCCAGUCGUCUUUGGUGCAAACCAAAGUGCGACAACAGAUGCAGCAGCAGCAGCAGCAACAGGAUGUAGGAAUGCAUGCUAUUUUAUCGUUGGGAGCAGAAGUGAUGCAAGAACUUCAUGACGAGCUUGGAGAAAGAGAAAUUUGUGAUGCAUCGAAUGGCAUCUAUUUACAACACCUGUUAGAGACGCUGGUCAAAGUAGAUGAUAAGCGAUUUAGAAGAGAUAUCUAUCAAUGCUAUCAUUGUCUUUAUGGUGUCCAUCUUGCUGCGGAAACGGAUGCCAUUGAAGAGCACCAUUGUAGUCAUUUAAAGAUGGAUCAAAAAGCAGCGGCACCGCUGUUUGGUUUGAUUGUAGAGGCAGCGGUACAGAAAUUGAAGAGUGGACAGCUGUUGAAAGCGGAUUUAAAAGAUGUGGUGGAUACGGUUUCUGAGCAUUUUGAAGAGCUCAGUCCCAAGGGUCAUCCUUGGAUCAAGCAAAAUGCGGAUAGGAUAGAGGCUUAUCUCAAGAGAGGGAUCCGAUUUCAUUCGUCUUUUGACCAAGUCAAACGUACUGCCAUCCUUCCCACCGUGGAGAUUUGUCCUGAAAAAACCCAUACCUCCCCUGUCUUUUUUAGAAUAUGUUGGAUCCGAGGCAAGACACUUCGCAUACAGAUUACCAAUCGAUUAAAGGGUAGCGCUACGGACAAGAAUAUGAACGAUUUAGAGAUGGCUGUGCAACAAUUCAAGUAUCAUCUCAUGUUGAACCCCAAUGAUGCAGAUGGUUGGCAUGAAUUAGCGGCCUGUUAUCAAUUGUUGGCGGAAGAAGAGUUGAAUUGGAGUGCUUCCAAUAUUGCGAUCCGUAAAAACUAUAUCAGUGAGAUUCAAAGGAUGUCCUUUCAUGCUUAUAUUAGAGGUUUCUAUCUGGAUGCACUUCCGUCUCAAGACGCGGUCAAAUAUGGUUUGUAUCUUCAAUUUGGUCAUUUAUUGUAUUCGAUGGCGUCACCGCCGAUGCAGAUGGCGGCAUUUGAGCACCAGGACACUAUCACGGUCAUGGAUGCAACGGGUGCUGUCAGCGCCUCUCCUCACACGCCUCCGAAACCCAAGUCUAUCUAUAAACUGGCUUUUCUCAUGUAUAGCCAUGCACUCAAAUAUCCUGCUUUGGAUGAAUGGAGGUCAAGUUAUAUGGCGGGCAAAUGUCUUGUCAAACUCGAACGACCCCCUCAAGAAGCCCUGGUGUAUUAUUUACAAGCGAUUAAAAAAGCCAAACCAAAGAAAAAGGAGAAACGAGAACCUAUUGUAGAACCUGUCUAUUUGUUUUAUUCCACGUUACUGAAGCAAUUGUUCAAACAGCAAAUGAGUCCAGAGUGUGUGAGGGAAUGGAUUGCCCAAGAAAAAAAAGUGUCCUUUUGCACGCCCAAGCCAGUCGAAUCUGCAGCUGCAGCUGCAGCUGCUGCGACGACGACAGAGGUGGAAAAGGAGAGCGAGAGGGCAGUGUAUGAUAUGAUUUUGCAGCGAUUGAAUGAUAUUCGAGCGUUUGAUACAAAAGGCUGGCAUCAUCGACCCUUGUAUAGAAUUGCUUGGAUGUACGAUCAAGUCUAUCAUGAUAGUGAAAAAGCCAAGACAGAACUGAUGAAGCUGUUCAUUUUCAAAGAAAAGGUGCGAAAUUACAUUAGCAUUUGGAAGACAAGUUUUGAGCUACCAGGAAAACAUUACGUCUACAAUACCAAAUAUACCCUGUUUUUAAUUCGUGUGUGCAAAGAAGCGCGUGAUAUCCAAACACUCAAACAACUUUAUCGUAAAGUGAGACGUGCUCAAAGUAUCCUUAUCAAUGAAGUCCAUGUCUUUUACAAGGCCUGUAUAGCUUAUUUAGAUGUGCUUGAUCAACACUUGUCAGAGACGUAUGAUGCACCUCAGAUACUCCAAAGGAUGCAAGCAUCCACCUUAUCCAAAGAAGAGUUUGAAAAGAGACUGAGGACAGAGAAAGAAAAGUGGAAGGAAGAGCAAAGCAGCAGUAGCAUCCAAGGUCUAAAAAAAGAUUUGCAGGAUUUGGCUGAUUUACAACGACAAAUGCAAGGUUAUCUCACUGGGCAAGAAGGGACUUUUGCGCACGAGCGAUGGCAAACGACGAUUCAGUGGGUGUAUGGCGCCAUGGUGAAGGAAGGUUCCCCUUCUUUGUUACAACCAUUAUCCUCUUCCGACCCUUCCCUUGAGACAGUCGUCACUGACUUGAGUGAUGUCCUCUUUCAGGAAGCCAAAACAUUUAUGCAAGAAUUACCUUUAACGUAAAGAAAAAAAAAGUGGAAAGCAUUACCAUAGAAACGCUAUAAAUAGGAACGUUUGCAAUGAAUUAGUCAACAAGGAACGAAAAGGGUGUUUUUUUCCUUUUUUAAAAGCCAAGGUCACCUAAAAGAAAUAUCUUUCACCAAAGAUAAAGGCAUUGACGUGUGCUGGAUAAAAUAAGGUUUUCUUUUUUCUUUUUUUUUGCAACAGAAAAGAAUAAACUUUGAUCUACCCAAAAAGGAGGUACAGAUGAAUGCAUAACAAAAAAAAAAGGGUUUCUUUUGAGGAAAAAAAAAAAAAAAAAAAAAA